AUUAGCUACGUCAUUGUUCACCGCCGGACACCCGCUGGAAAUACGGGAUGGAUUUACAACCGCUGUUUACGGUUUCAUAACGGGUUCCAGCAAUGAACAAUGACCAUAGUUGACAGAUCUUCAGAGAAGUCUGACCACGAGUCAGUCGGGUGUAAGCGAUCUCCCUUCACCAGCGGAGACGUGGGGAUGGACGGCAGCUGUUCCAGCAGCUGGACCAUGGGUCCCAGUAUGCCCAGUGACUCUCCCAGACUGAAGGCUGCAGGAGGUUGCCUGGGCCCGACGCCUGGAGCGGCGGUCUACAACAGCACGCCCUCCUCCGUGGACCGGCCCAAGGAGCAAGUGAUAAGCAGUGGUGAUGGCAUUGACUCGCCGCAGAAAGUCCUUUUCCCUCCGGAACGGCUCAACCUGAAGUGGACCCAGGUCCACCGCAUUGGUGCAGGUCUGCAGAACAUGGGGAACACCUGCUUUCUCAACUCAGCCCUGCAGUGUCUCACCUACACCCCUCCAUUCACCAACUACAUGCUGACACGGGAGCACUCCAAAACAUGUCACGAGCCAGGCUUCUGUAUGAUGUGCACCAUGCAAAACCACAUCAUUCAGGUUUUUGCAAACUCUGGGAAUGUCAUUAAGCCCAUCGGUGUGCUCAACGAGCUCAAAAGGAUUGCAAAGCACUUCCGCUAUGGAAGCCAAGAGGAUGCCCACGAGUUCCUGCGGUACACAGUGGAUGCUAUGCAAAAGUCCUGCUUACCUGGAACCAAAUUGGACAGGCAAACGCAGGCAACAACUUUUAUCCAUCAAGUGUUUGGCGGGUACCUGAGAUCCAGAGUGAAAUGUUUAAACUGCAAAGCAGUUUCUGACACAUUUGACCCUUUUCUGGAUAUCACUCUGGAAAUCAAGACGGCUCCCAGUGUCUCCAAGGCUCUUGAGCAGUUUGUCAAGCCAGAGCAGCUGGAUGGAGAAAACGCCUACAAAUGCACCAAGUGCAAAAAAAUGGUGACAGCCUCAAAGAGGUUCACCAUUCAUCGCAGCGCCAACGUGCUCACCCUCUCUCUCAAACGCUUUGCAAACUUCAGUGGAGGCAAAAUCACAAAGGAUGUGAAAUAUCCAGAGUACCUGGAUCUGCGGCCCUUUAUGUCUCAGUCCCAGGGGGAGCCUCAGGUCUAUGGGCUCUACGCUGUGCUGGUCCACUCUGGAUUCAGCUGCCAUGCUGGACACUACUUCUGCUAUAUUAAGGCGAGCAAUGGUCAGUGGUAUCAGAUGAACGAUUCCUCUGUGUCUCUCAGUGACAUCAGGUCUGUCCUCAACCAGCAGGCCUACGUCCUCUUCUACAUCAAGUCCAGUGACAUGAAGAAAGCCGGGGACUACAGCCACUUGAGCCAUAAUAAUCCGGGCGUCCCCGGUCAGUCGUCUCCACGGCCGUUGGUGAUUCCACGCAUCAACACCACCAUCCACCACAACAACAUUGGUUUCAUUGGCCCCCAGCUGCCUCCACACAUGACCAAGAGCUCUCUCCAUGUUAAUGGGAAUGGAUCUCUGAGGGACUAUCCCAGUAACUCCAAGCCCAGCACCAGCAGCAGUGUUGGGGGAAAACCGAGCCACGGCCUGGGCUCCUCAUCAUCCUCCAUCUCCCACUCCAUCAGCCGCCCCACCAUGAUCCCAGACCACGACAAGCGCCAGAAACUUUCAUUCUUCAUCGGACAGGGCAAACAGAGCCGCCCCUCGUCCUCCUCCUCGUCCUCUUACAGCCAGCCGUCCUCUGCCAGCUCCUCCUCUAGCUCACUGUCCUCCUCUCAGUCUACCUCAGACGUUCGCUUUGUUCCGCGUCAGCUGAACCACGUUAACGGCACAUCCUGCGGUAACGGGGCUCACCACACAGGAGGAAAUGGAGCGUCAUUCUUGGUGCCGUACGGCCAGGAGUCCUCAGAGGAGUCGGAUCAGGAGAACUGUGGAACUCUGGAUAAUGGUUGCUUAACUAAAUCUCAUCUGAAUGGAAACAACAAAACGGGAGACGUCUUUGAUAAUUCUCAGACGAAAACCACCAAUGGAGAGUCGGGGCCUCAUCACAACGGGAACGGACUAAAUGGACCGACCAACGGCGUCUCUAAAGCCAGUCAGAACGGGCACCACUAUGGACACCACAGAGUGAACGGACACAGCACCCUCGAUAAAGUAGAUCAUAUUUCCGACAGUAACCACAGCGCUAUAUCCUCUGCGGCCGCUGCUGCUAAUGCUAACGGGCUUGACGCUGACCACAGUAACACGAGCAGAGAGGCUCAUGGUUCGUCCUCGUCGCAGGCCAGUUGUUCUCAGAGCGUCCAACCUGCAGCCAAUGAGAGCCAGAUCCUCUCCACUCCUGACACAAGGGCUAAAACUGUGUGUGAACCUCUGCAGCCAGCAUCCUCUGCUCUGAGCUCUCCACCUCCAGCUGCUGCUACAAACACCAACCAUUCUGUCUCAUCCAGAGAAUCUGCUUCCUCCUCUGCCCAGCAUGGCAGCCAUGCGGCCUUAUCCACUCCAUCAGACGGCUCCCAAAGCACCACCGAGGCCUCGGCAGCUCCUCACAGGGUCAGCAGAGGUGAAGCUAAGGAUCCUCCACUGACCGCUGAUCCGUCAGCUGGGACUGAAGGACGCUCAGAGGCUAAGGAGAAGCACCAGUUCAAGCCCAGCUCCAGAGGCACUGAAGGACAAACGUCCCGGAAUAGGGACAGAGACAGACAGUACUCUGACUGGAGCAGAGACAGGGACAGACACUACAGGGACAGGAGUCGGGAGAGAGACAGUGAUGGAGAUCGUUAUCGCUACACACGGGACUACAGAGAUUACUACCACCGCUCCUACAGGGAUCGUCUGCCUCCUCGAGACCGCUCCUACAGAGACUGGGACUCCGAGCGGCGCUGGGACCGGGUCCCCCCACACCCCAGGGAGAGGGACCGGGACAGGUGCUCCAACCACUUUCACCACCGCCACCGGUCCAGGGAGGACUCGGGCCGCGAGCGGAGGGGAUACGGAUAUACGUACUGCACAGAGCCUCAGAGUCGGGGGAGGUGGCAGCAAGACAGCAGAGACUCCCGGGUGAUGGACAGGAGCAGCGGCAGGGACUAUAAUACAUCCUCACCUGCCACAGAGACCUCCUCAAAAUCAAAGGGCUCGUCCCCUCGGCCUCGUCUUUCCACAUCUGAAUCAGCUCCAAACAGGGAGGAUCAGAACCACAAGAAGAACAAGGACAGGGACUAUCACCUGUCCUCACCUGCUGCUGAGAUAGAGACCUUCUCAAAGUCCAAGGGUUCUUCCCCUCGGCCUAGUCUCUCUACGUCGGAAUCAGAUCAGAACCACAAGAGGAACAAGGACAGGGACUAUCACCUGUCCUCACCUGCUGCAGAGACAGAGAUCUCCUUAAAGUCAAAGGACUCGUCCCCUCGGCCUCGUCUCUCCACGUCUGAAUCAGCUCCUAACAGAGAGGACCAGAACCACAGGAGGAACGAGGAGAGGGAGGACAGCUCCGAGGCCCGCCGCUUCAAAAAACACAAGAAGAGCAAAAAAAAGAAAAAGUCAAAGGAUAAAGACAGACACCGCGAUAGUGGCUCUGAAAUGGAUUCAGACAGAGCCGCUGAAACAAAAAAGAAGAAGAAGAAGAAGAGGAGGCAGCGGGACAGCGAGGUGGAGCAGCACAGCCCCGGAGCCACACGGAGCCACAAGAACAGGAGCAGCGAGGAGAGGGAGAGCCGCAAGCGCCGUUACUACGACACCAAGGACGACGGUUAUUCACCAGAGAAACGGCGGCGCACAGACUACACUGACGGCAGCAGUUACCAUCAACUUUCCUCCAACCACACAUUAGCCACUAACGGUUCAGCUCACCGCCAUCUGAACGGACACAUAGGUAUGACGGGUUCCUCACAUUAAAAACAGACGCUGCUGCGGAGCGGAUCCUGUUUUACAGGAAACGGUUACAGCCAAACCAACAACAGCGUACAGCGGCUUCUAACACUGACUGAGAGUGAUGAUGAUCACAGGAGGAACUCUCGGCUCUGCGGACAGAUGAGCGCACGGAGGAAUUCUUCUCCACAGACACAUUUACACACGACUCAACAACAGCAGAGGAAUGACAUUUCUGAUGUGGUGCUUCUUCCUCGGGAAUAUAUUAGCGUAUUUUUACCACAACUAAAGUGUUUUAAAUGUUCCGAAACCUUUUUUAUUUGCCCUAAUUCUCCUAAUUAUGGUUAAA